CGUACCAUGUGUAGUAGUGUUUCACUGUUUUAUACCUUUUUAAUAAACAUUAACGCAAUUUAGUGUAUCUUAAGAACGGUAGGAGUAGCCAUAUAUUUAUAAAAAUGUGAGAUUUAAGAAGGCAGCUAAAGUUACGAAUUGCAAAGUAAAAUCCAACAAAUUCCACUCCCUUGAUUUAAAUUUCCAGUGUCCUUUCAAAUUUGAAUACACCAGACGUUUCCGGUGAUUCGUCCGAAGCUUGUUUGGCGCGGAAGUUGAAUUUGAAGAACCAUGGCUUCCAUCAAACAGCCAGGCAUUAACAAUCAGUUUUCCAAGAAGCUUGAAGAAAUGCGAAUCACACUUUUAAACGAGGUAUUGGGAGAUGUGAGCACUGAAGCCGAGCUGAAGCGAGUACACAAAGAGAAGAUGAAAUCAUUAAAAGACGCGUGUUACAAGAAAUGCAAGGAUGACGAGGCCAUGUUUGAGAAGAUGAAAGCAUUUUUAAAGGAAGUGGAACACAAAAAUGCCCAGAUUAAGGAGAGAGGAGCCGAAAUAAUUGAAAUUAAAUCGGAAAUUCAGGAAAAUGAAAUGCAGAAGGAGAAAAUGAUGCAAGCAUUGCAGAAGCUUACGGAAGAGAAUGCCAAAAAGCGGGAAUUGAUGACCUCUCAAAAUAAGGUGAAUAAAGGCAGACUGAAGAAUCUGAACAAGGCUAAACAAGUGUUUCAAGAGAGUCUUGGGUUGGAAAUACGUAAGCUUCAUGGCGAAAAGCUGCAGUUUGUGUUCAGAAGAGUUAACCAUAAGGAUCUGGACAGCGUGUACACCUUUACACUGCGAAUCAGUGAAGAGGGCAUAUAUGAAGUGGUUUCAUGUGAUCCACCACUGGAAUGCAUGUCUCAUCUGGAGAGCAGAUUGCAGGAAACCAACAACUUCUCUGCCUUUCUUACUAAUGUCAGGAAAGAAUUUGCUGCUCUACCAAACAGCUAAACAUCCUGAACUCUGCAAACAUCAAAAUAUAUGAUCCAAUAAGUUAUUUUUAACUGAGCUUUUACAGGCCAAAAGAUCUAAGAAGAACAUUUGUAGAAUGACCCUUUUUGAGUGUUUUCUUGACUUUGAUUGAUUAUCCUUGCCAUUACUCAUUCCAGGCAACUGAAGUAAGUUUUUUGUGUUGGGAUUCAUAAGUGGAUAUGGCAGUUGUGAACUUGCUCUGUAACAUAAUACUUGUUUGAUAUGCAGAAACAGUUUUUAUACCUUUCAUUCCCACCUCCAGAAUGUCCUCAAAUGUCUGUUUUUUGUAUCUGUUACUUUCUCUAAUUUGUUAUUCUGUUAUUUCUUAAGUAUCAGUUAUAUUAAAAUUACUAAUACGUGCA